CAAAAGAGAGAGAGAGAGAGAAAAAGAUAAGAAACGCGAUGAGACGUCAACCACGUCCACGUCACUCACCACCGCAAUCUCACUCAUCUCCGUCGUCAUCUUCAUCGGAAUUCGAAUUCAACAUCUCCAUUUCGCCGCGAAAAGCUUCUUCUUCGCUUUGUCCCGCCGAUGAGCUCUUCUACAAAGGCCAGCUUCUCCCUCUUCAGCUCUCCCCUCGUCUCUCUCUCGUCCGUACACUCUGUUCUUCUUCUUCUUCCUCCGACUACACUUCUUCUUCCUCCUCCGCAACCUCCGCCGCUCGUGACUCCACCGAAUCUUCCUCCUCCACUGAUUCCACCGCCUCUUUCCCUCUCCUCCACCCUCCGCCGCUCGAUUGCUGUGACUCUUCCCGUCCUAGCUCGGUAAACGACGAAGAAGAUUUCUUCUUCAAACCACCUCCGAAGAAGAAUCCUAAUUACAAAUCUUCCGGUGGUGGUUUCUCACUCUCUAGAUUCUCCUCUGUUUUCAAGAAAGAUCCCAAAACCGUCAACGCCGCCGCAGCAACCGCCGCUCCGUCGUCGGUAAAGAGAAUGAGCUCCACGGCGAAAGAGGUUAUUCGCAAAUACAUGAAAAAGGUCAAACCUUUAUACGACAAGUUAUCUCAGAAACAGAGCACCACCGUCUCUGCUUUGAAAACAGAGUCAUCUCUCAAAGAUUCCGGCAACAUCCGCGGAACCGCUCCUGCAACCUCCUCCACCGUCACCUCCAUUCCAAACGCUGUCUCCGGCGGCGGGCAAUCGAUCUCUUUCUCGGGAAACCUAAUGAGAUACACAAAACGAGGACGAUGCGCGGCGAGUUGUCCGUCGUCGAUGAGGUCAUCUCCGAGUCAUUCCGGCGUAUUGACACGUGGCGGAUUUCCGGGUCAAGGAGGAGGUAGCAGCAGCAGCAACAACAGUGUGUCUUCUUCGAUGGAAGAGUUGCAGAGUGCUAUUCAAGGAGCUAUUGCUCAUUGCAAGAACUCAAUGUUGCAGAAGAAUUUGGUUAGUAGUCUCGAGAUCUAGCAUUAUGUCUUUUUGGAUCCAUCCAUAUAAAUUUUAUGUUUUUUUUUUUUUUGGUCUUUCUAGUCAUUUUAAAGUUUGAUCUAAAUCUUGAUCUACUCUUUUGUCUGAAAAUUGCUAGUGUGAUCCAACAUCCAAUCCCUAUUAACGAUGUUAUUGGUUAUCUUAU